ACAGCCCUGGGGAGCCUGUUUGUGCUGGGUGGAGCCUGAGUUAAGAACAGAAGGGAACCAGGAGCUCAGGAACAUGUCGGGAAAACCCAGGCUUACCUACUUGAAUGGAAGGGGCCGGAUGGAGUCCAUACGAUGGCUGUUGGCAGCAGCCGGUGUGGAGUUUGAAGAGAUUUAUUUGGAAACAAAAGAGCAGUAUGACAAGUUAAUCAAAGAUGGAUCCCUGCUCUUCCAGCAAGUGCCCCUGGUUGAGAUCGAUGGGAUGAAGAUGGUGCAGACCAGAGCCAUCAUGAGCUACAUAGCAGGGAAAUACAAUCUCCAUGGGAAAGACUUGAAGGAGAGAGCCCUGAUUGACAUGUAUGUAGAGGGAAUAUCAGAUCUGAUGCAAAUGAUUUUGAUGUUUCCUUUCUCUCCACCUGAUGCAAAGGAGAAAAAUCUUGAGUCAAUUAAGGACAGGGCAACUAACAGGUAUUUUCCAGUCUUUGAAAAGGUUUUGAAACAACAUGGCCAAGACUUUCUCGUGGGCAACAAAUUCAGCUGGGCAGAUGUUCAGCUCAUGGAAGCCAUUUUAGCAGUGGAGGAGAAAGUCCCUGCUGUACUCUCAGGGUUUCCUCAGUUGCAGGUGUUUAAAACCAAAAUGAGCAAUAUGCCUACAAUUAAGAAGUUCCUGCAGCCUGGCAGCCCAAGGAAACCCCCACCAGAUGCCCAUUAUGUAGAAACUGUGUUGAAGGUUUUUAAGAAAUGAAAGCUUUGCCACCUUUGGUGAGACCCAAAAUGCUGGGAGAGUGGGGAAAAGCAGAGCAGCAACCCCAAACCCCAAGCCAAAGGAGAAGGAAGCUCAGCAAAUUAGUAUUGUUUUAGUUAAUACCAGUGCUAGAGAAACAAAGCAACCCAUGUGAGAAAUAAAGUGUUCUAUUACACUGGCAA